AUGAUCUGUCACCAAAACAGGGCAAAAAUAGCUGCAAUCUAUCUAUCUAUCUAUCUAUCUAUCUAUCUAUCUAUCUAUCUAUCUAUCUCAUUCUGUUCAUCUAUCUAUGAAUCUAUCAAUUUCAUUAUUUUUUUUCUUUUUUUCUAUUAUUCUUCGCUAAUAUUCGUUAUUUCUACGCAGUUUCAAAUUCUUCUAUUGAAAUAUCUUUUCUUAUUCCUCCUCCCCUUCCUCUUCUUCCUCCCCCUCCUCCUCCUUACUGUCUGUAUGUCUGCUAUCUGCCUGCGUUUACCUCUCUCUUUUCACUUGUCUCUUGUCUUGUUCCUUCUACAUCUCUCUACUUGCCAUCUCUCUUCAAGCUUUCUUGUCUCCCCUUUCCUAUUGUCUUCCUCUGACAUCAUUUAUUGUUCCGUCAGCCUCCUUUCGCUACUUGUCUUGUCUCUUUUCUUCCACUACCACUUUCCCUCUUUUCCUCCCCCUUUCGCUACUUGGCUCUUUUCUUCCACUACCACUUUCCCUCUUCUUCCUCCCCCUUUCUCUACGUGUCUCUUUUCUUCCACUACCACUUUCCCUCUUCUUCCUCCCCCUUUCUCUACUUGUCUCUUUUCUUCCACUGCCACUUUCCCUCUUCUUCCUCCCCCUUUCUCUACGUGUCUUUUUUAUUCAACUAGCACUUUCUCUCUUCUACCUCCGAAUUUCUAUUUGUGUCUUUUAUUCCACUACCACUUUCCCUCUUCUUCCUCCCUCUUUCUCUACUUGUCUCUUUUCUUCCACUGCCACUUUCCCUCUUCUUCCUCCCCCUUUCUCUACUUGUCUCUUUUCUUCCACUGCCACUUUCCCUCUUCUUCCCCCCGCUUACUCUACUUGUCUCUUUUCUUUUACUACCACUUUCUCUCUUCUUCCUCCCCCUUUUUCUACUUGUCUCUUUUAUUCCACUACCACUUUCCCUCCUAUUUCUCCCCUUUCUCUACUUGUCUCUUUUCUCCCACUACCACAUUCCCUCUUCUUCCUCCCCCUUUCUCUACUUGA